GUGCGGGUGUAGAGGCCCAAAGCAGACAGUAUCCUGUCGGAAAAAGGUUCGGGAUGUUACAAGUGGUAUCAGAGCCACUCCGCGUCCCUCUUGAACGAUGGUGGGGCAAACCUUAACGAGGGCGUUGAGUCCCAAGGUUCGGGAUGUUACAGACAUCCUGUCUCAAUGCCGGGAAAAGGUUCGGGAUGUUACAGACAUCCUGUCUCAAUGUCACGAGGGACCUAUUAGAGGUCACCAUGGAGGUAACCGGACGGUGCGGAAGGUGCUACAGUCGGGCUUCUAUUGGCCCUCGCUCUUAAAGGAUGCUGACACCUUCGCACGACAGUGCGACCGCUGCCAAAGGUCAUGUAACAUUUCUUUCCGGGAUGAGAUGCCCCAACAUAUUUCUGUCAUUUGUGAAAUUUUUAAUGUUUGGGGCAUCGAUUUCAUGGGCCCAUACCCUCCAUCCUUUGGCAAUUUGUACAUACUAGUUGCAGUGGACUACGUCUCGAGGUGGGCAGAAGCUCAAGCCAUGCCCACCAAUGAUGCAAGACGGGUCUGCUCAUUUCUGAAGCAGCUGUUCUCCCGGUUUGAGGCACCUCACGCCAUCAUUAGUGAUAGAGGAACCCAUUUUCAAAGGCAAUUCACUAAACUCCUCUCUCGCUAUGGUGUUAAGCAUCAGUUAUGCAAAAACACAACACAACCUUCAUGAAAAUACCUCAUAAGUUGUAUUAAAACCCAACCACACACAAGUCAUUCAAUCCACACAAGCAUUCACAAAAUAUAGCUAGGGUUUACAAACACCCAAGUGAGAGAGAUGACAACUCCAUGCUAAGUAGAGGAAAUAAACAAAGGAGAAGAGAGAAAACCAUCUUGAUUAUGUUCGCUGGUAUGAUCUCACUUUCAUCAUUCUACAAUUCCGAAGUAAUAAUUCAAAAAUUAAUCCAAUUAACAAGGACAAAGCUGAAAUUUUGCUAAGUGUUGAAGUAGUUUUGGGAACCCUACUUUGGAGGCUUGGUUCUGAUAAUUGGUGCAUUGAAAAAUGAAAGGUUAAGGGUUUG